UGAAAUCUGACAGGUGUCUGAUUCGAUUGGGUAAUAUUUGCAUUGCACAGUCACACAAUUCAGUGGAUAUGUCAUUGUGCUUAAAUUCAACAGUAUAAUGUAGACUGCUGCGGCUCUGAAUGCUGUGAACAGGGAGUGCCGUGAGGGUGUGGAGGGGAUGUCAGUCCUAGGGAUGAUCAUGUACACCCUCGCCAACUCGGUGUGGCUCCUGCUCUACUGGCUCUAUCAACAUCCCUUCAAGACGCCACAAUCGCCACAAAAUGCCCGAAGAAGUGUACGUCUGAGGCGCCGCCUGCGAAGUCGUCAAGGAUCUCUCUUGGAAUCACUCGGAAUUGUCUACACAGGCAAACCAUUUUACUCAUUUGAUGACCAUUUUCAUUCAUUUCAGGAAGUCAGCGAUUCUUGUAAAAAGGCAGGUUUAGAAAAAUGUGGCUUAAUCAUCGGUGUUGAUUACACUGCGUCUAAUGAAUGGCAGGGACGAAAAUCAUUCCACGGACAAUGUUUACAUAAAAUAAUUCCAGGACGGAUCUAUAACCCAUACCAGAAGGUUAUUUCUAUUAUAGGUCAAACACUGGAGCCAUUUGACGAGGAUAAUAUCAUUCCGGCAUAUGGCUUCGGCGACAGCGUGACGCUGGGAGAUAAGGUAUUUCCUCUGUUCAGUGGCGGGCUGAUGUGUCGAGGAUUUAAGGAAGUGCUCGAGUGCUACAGUAACAUGGCCUCCAAGUUAGUUCUCAGUGGCCCGACAAACUUUGCUCCGUUGAUCCAUCAGGCAAUAGACAUCGUGAAAAAAACGGGGACUUAUCACAUUCUGAUCGUGAUAGCAGACGGACAAGUCAAUGAAGAGGAACCUACUAUUGACGCAAUCAUUCAGGCGUCCAAGUAUCCUCUCAGCAUCGUGGUGGUAGGUGUAGGCGACGGGCCUUGGGACUUAAUGGAAGAGUUUGACAAUCAUCUUCCAUUGCGUACAUUCGAUAACUUUCAGUUCGUUAAUUUUCACGAGGCCACGUCCAAAUCGAAACAUCCGGAUGCAAACUUAGCCCUCCAUGUUAUGAUGGAGAUUCCGUUGCAGUAUAAAACCAUUAAAGCUAUGGGCUACCUCAGUAAUGGAAAGUCAUCGGAAGCAGUUACAAAUACCAAAAAGUCACCGAGUUCUGAUAGGGAGAAAAUGCAAGACUUGACAAGAAUCAGAUCACAGGGUACAAUCCGUAAUAAAUCUCGUGGUUCCAGUUUAGAAACACUAUGUGGAGCCAAUGGUAGCAAAUCAUUGGAUGCAAAGAGGGAAAAGUCCCUAGGCGCUGACAAGGGUAGGCCUUGGAGUAUGGUCAACAGUAAAUCUCAACUUGAAGGGAGUGAAAGUUCUCAAGAUGUUUGCCAGCAAACUGAUGUAUGAUGUCAAAUACGACUCUUAUUGAUUCUUGACAACGAAUUAUAAUUCAAGAGAGCAGUACAAGGAGGUGUUUCGUCGUUAUAAGGCGCUGGCAUGGUUUAGCAUCCUCAAAGAAGUACAUGUAAAUUGUACAUGAUGCAAUCAGAGAAUUCUGCAAGUAUCGACAGUGUGUGCUUCAAAAAGCUUCAAGAAGAAUGAGGAUAUGAAAAUUUGUAUGUUGAAGUCAGUUGCAAGAGAGUUCAGUAAAUUUGGUCACAGAAGAGUUUGAAAUACAUAAUUGAAUGUUACGGUGGUUAAAUUAAGAUUUUGAAAUAAAUGAUUGAAUGUUACCAUAAUGCUUUGCACAACUACAUGCAGACACAUGUGUACAUAUGUUUUCAUAUGUGAUACUGUAUUUACUGGUUAUUUUCGCGGGGGUUAAUUUCGCGAUUUCGAUAUGUAAACUAUACGCGUUGGGGUAAUUUUCGCGAUCAAUCCACAUUCGUUUGUAGUUAGAGAUUACGCAAAUUGAUAUCAAAACAAUACGCGUGUGGGAAAUUUUCGCGAUAAAAAGGACUCCAUGUAAUUAGCGUAAAUUUUCCCCUCGCAUAAAUUUCCAUAUUAACAGUAUGUAUAUGUGAGUGGAUAGUUGAAUGGACAUGGACCGUCUGCUUAAUAUCUUGAAUUAUAAUUCGAAAAUUUACUUAAAAUUGUAUCAAUUUUAUAAGAGACAUAAUUAUCAUGAAAACUUUUUGAUAACAAUUUUUGCUGCAAUAAUUGCUCAAAGUCCUGAGGAACAUAUUUCUGUUAGAUUAACUUGAACCCUUAUACGAAGAUUAAUUCCAGUCAAAGCUCAAUAACAUUGAUAACAUUUAUGAUUAAAUAUUUGGCCAUUCAUCUUGUAGAAUAUUAAUCAUUUUCAGAAUUGCCUUACAUGUAGUUUGAUUUUUCACUCAUAUUCAUAUUAAGUAUGGAGCCGAAAUUCAAUAUAAAAUGUAUAUUGAUUAAAAUGUAAAAAUUAAUUAGUCCAAAACAAUUGUUUGAACAAUAGAAUGGUAAUUAGCUAUAGAGACACUAGUACCUCACUUUUACAGUAGUGUGUAGUUUCUGUUUUUAGGUGAAAUGGUUUUUUUAUAUUCACUGUAUACAGUAUAUUAGAUCUGAUGUCUAUCACAGCAUGAAAAUAUACAUUUUCACUCAGUGAAAUAGCUGUGAAAAUUUAUGUUUUUCAUGUUGUGAUACAUUUUUAAAUUGUGUUCAUUUCUUCAAUGAUAAUUCAUCUUUUUUCAUUGCUAUUUUACCAUAAAACUUGUAUUUUGUAGAAUUUAAUCUUUUUCAUGAUAAUUUUCAUAUAGCUUUAUAAUGUACUGUAGUUCGUUGACUCAAGCUUACAUGCCACACAGCUACGAUCCUUUACAUCUCUUGGAAAAUUUGCGAUCCACAAUGAUGGGCUGGUGACUGUAAUGAAAUUAAAUCUAUCACAAGUAAGUUUGUCAGUCUAUGUAUAUAUAUAUACAUAUAAAGAAAAAGAAAAACUUAACAGCACAUCUUUAGUACUUUGUUGCAUCUUGGCAAAUCUUUUUGCCAGGUACUGACCGUAGGCCGGUGGUUUUUCUCCGGGUACUCCGGCGUUCCUCCACCUCCAAAACCUGGCACAUCCUUAAAUGACCCUGGCUGUUAAUAGGACGUUAAACAAAAACAAACAAACUAUUCUUUAGAAGAAGAUUGGGUUUGGAGAAUCGCCAAGAUGCUAUAAAAGGAUCGAAGACGUGCUGUCAAGUAUUUCUUUUUCUUGAUGUAUUGCUUCAUUUGUAGGGAUAAUAUAUACUUAACAAUUUUAUUAUAUAUAUUAUAUAUACAUGUAUAAAGGAAUCUGGCCUUGUGAAGGUUAAAAUAUAAAACUGAACAACAAAACAUGAUUUGCAGCUUGGUCUUUCUUACUGAAGAAGCCUGAGAGGGCAGAAAGGCCUAGCGUCA